UUUGCGCUGCUAGAGAAAGAAAAAGAGAGAGAGAGAAAGAGAGAGAGAGAGAGAGAGAGUAGAUUUUGUAGAGAGACAACACCAGAGCUUACAUUACAGAGCUACACAUGGUAGUAUUCUCUUACCAAAGAAAGUAAGGCUCGUUUUGGUGUGUGUUUUCACCCAAGAAGAAGAAGAAGAACAGCUAUCUAUUGUUUGUUGUUAAUGGCGAUUGGGACUAUGUGAAACGAAGAAUAUAUUAAGUUCUGAGUUUCUUUGUGAAGUUCGUCAAUUAGAGCCGUGUGUUUUUUUGUUGGGUUUUUAUAGCUGAAGAAGAAUCAAGAAACAGGAGAAAUCUUUGAAGGGUUACUGAGAAAGAAAUUAUGGAGUGGCCUUCUUAUUUAGAUGAAUAUCAAAAGCUUGUGAUUCGUAUGAAUACUCCUAGGGCCAUGAUUGACAAUGCCGGCUGUUCUAAUGCAACACGCGUUACGAUUGACAGCGCUCGAAGACACGGCAUUCUUCUGGAAGCAGUACAAGUUUUGACCGAUCUGAAUCUUUCAAUUAAGAAAGCCUACAUUUCUUCCGAUGGUCAGUGGUUCAUGGACGUUUUUCAUGUGACUGAUUUAAACGGCAACAAAUUAACCGACGAAAGCGUCAUCAAUUACAUUGAACAGUCACUCGGGACAAUUCAUUAUACGAGUUCAAGAUCCAUUGAGGGCUUAACUGCACUGGAAUUAACCGGAACUGACCGAGUUGGGCUAUUAUCUGAGGUUUUCGCGGUGCUAGCUGAUUUGCAGUGCAAUGUGGUGGAAUCUAAGGUGUGGACGCAUAAUGGACGAAUUGCGUCACUAAUUCACGUUAAAGACUGUGAUUCGGGGUCCCAAAUUGAGGAUUGUCGGAAAAUCAAUCGGAUAGAAGCCCGGUUAAGGAAUGUUUUGAAGGGUGAUAAUGAUAUCAAGAGUGCCAAAACAUCGAUUUCCAUGUCUGUUACUCAUACAGAGAGGAGGCUUCAUCAAAUGAUGUUUGCUGAUCGUGAUUACGAGAGGAAGCCGAUAAUUAGCAAAAGCAAUGAUUCUCUGGUGGUUUUAGUUCAGAAUUGUUUGGAGAGGGGAUACUCUGUUGUAAAUGUUCAGUGCAAGGAUCGGAUGAAGCUUCUGUUCGACGUUGUUUGCACCUUGACAGACAUGCAAUAUGUUGUGUUUCAUGCCACCAUUAACACUGCUGCAGACAGGGCGUGCAUGGAAUUCUUUAUUAAGCACACUGAUGGAACCCCCAUUAGUUCAGAAGCUGAAAAGCAACGAGUGAUUCUCUGUUUACAAGCGUCAAUUGAAAGAAGGGCGUCUCAGGGUGUAAGGUUAGAGCUGUGUACAAGCGACAGGGCAGGCCUAUUGGCCGAUGUAACACGAACCUUCCGAGAAAACGGUCUUAACGUGACAAGAGCUGAGAUCUCCACAACAGGGGACACUGCCCUGAACGUAUUCUACGUAACAGAUGCAGCUGGGAAUGCUGCCGAUUCCAAGAUUAUCGAGGGGGUUCGACAAAAAAUCGGAUUGAAUGACUUGAAAGUGAAGGAACUGCCGCUGAUCUAUCAUCAGAAGGCCGAGGAAAAGGAUGAGCCCACCGUUGGUGUAGGUGGGGCCAUGUUAUCACUGGGGAGCUUAGUUAUGAGGAAUCUAUACAAUUUGGGGUUGAUCAGAUCAUAUUCUUGAAAACUUGAGAAAGGACGAGAGCCUUCUACGAAAGGCAACAAUUUGGCAGGGGGAUGUCCCCAGUCCCCCUGUUGGCAUAUAUACUUAUAUACUUUGCUUGGGAAAUCAAGAAUUGCCCAGAGGAUAAUAGCCCCCAAGGGGGAUAUUAUGGGGGCUUGUGUACAUAUGGAAAAAGAAGGAAAUGGGUACUCUACUUAUUUGGUAAUUGGAUAUCAGUAGGUGUUAUAGUUGGUGGUGGUUUGGUUGGUUGAACAGGUAGACAGCCGCAUAUAUAUACGCAUAUGGUUGGAUGGAUGAUGAAACAGUGGGGGCCAUCUCCUCCACUGUUUCAAUUUGUUCAUACUUCAUAGUCCAUAGCUUGGAUUUGAAGAUGGGGUUAGAAUUUGAAUUUUAAAUAGGGGUGAUGGAUGGGAAAAAACAGAGGAAGACAAAAGUAAAAGUUGUUGGUGGGUGGGUUGAUUGCCGGCGGUAAAGGGUUGAUAGAGAAGAAAGAUUAGGUGGUGUCACUGCUGGUAGAGAUAGAGAGAGAGAGAUUUGAUUAGAGCUCACAUUUGUACAUAACCGCUACUUAUCUUCUUUGUUUAAAGAAAAACUACUACUGUAGUAGAAGUAUUAAUUAUCAGCUCUAA